GCGCAUUCAUCCAAUCCCUGAGCACGGUUGCCCAAGAACUGAACACCUCUCCAAAGAAAGCUCAGCCUCGACCUCAGCGUCCCUUUCUCUUCAACCCGCCAACUCUCCUCCAGAGUAACAUCCACAGAGAGUAUACUCACCAUGGCAGACUCACCUCAACCGCCACCUCAAAGGGUACAGUUGCAACCCGGCCAGCAACCAACUCCAGAACAGAUCGAGGCCAUGAGAAGACAAUUAGCCAUCGAUGCACAGAAGGCCGGCAUGUCAGUGCCAGAAUUCGUCCAGAAGCUGAAGGCGCAAGCCAUUGCGCAACAGCAAGCCCAGCAGCAAGCAGCCCAACAACAAGCAGCUCAAGGUCGACCACCACAGCAGCAGCAACAGCAGCAGCAGCCCCAGCCCAUCAACCCAGGCCCUCCAAACCCCGCUGCCCUCGCAGUGGCCGCGUUCCUGAAAAGCCAGGAUCUGAAGAUGCGGACAUGUAUCCUCAAUGGUCAGCGCAAGGACAUGUUUAAAGUCAAGCGCGCCCUCCGCGCCCUGCAAUCCCCAGCCUACGAGAAAGCCCGCAAGAAGAACCCCCUCCUCCCCGAGAUCACCGACCGCGCCUCCCUCGAAAACACCUUCAAGCUGCUGCCCAUGUCUCUGCUCGCGCUGCGCGUCUCCAAGAUCGACCCGCAUGAGGGCCACGGGCACGCUCCGGGCGCCCACAAGACGAAGCGCGUCAAGGGUCUCUGGACCGUCAAGAUCGAGCAGCAGCAGGAGUGCCGCGAGGAGCUGCACUACGCGUGGUUCUACGAGGGCCCGCAGCUGCGCCAGAAGCUGUACGCGGCGGGCGCGCUCGCCGUCGUCUUCGCCAUCGUCAUGUUCCCGCUCUGGCCCGUCAAGAUGCGUCUCGGCGUCUGGUAUCUGAGUAUGGGCAUGCUGGGCUUGAUCGGUUUGUUCUUCGCCAUGUCCAUCUUCCGCUUGAUCCUGUUCGGCGUUACGAUGUUUGUGGUCCCGCCCGGUCUCUGGCUGUAUCCGAAUCUAUUCGAGGAUGUUGGGUUCUUUGAUAGUUUUAGGCCCGUUUGGGGAUGGCAGGAGGUGAGUUUUGAGUCCCCUAAAAUAUCCCUCCCUCUCCCACCAAUCUAAUAUAAUCUAACCUCCCCUCUUCAAAAAAACAGGAAAAGAAAAAGAAAAAGAAGAAAUCCAAAUCCUCCUCCUCACAAACCACCAACACCUCCGUCCCUACCUCCCUCCCCGGCCAACCCGCC